CCAAUUGGUAUGGAUGUUACAUCUCACUACUUAACUACAUUCACAAUGGAGGGAUAUUUGAAAAUUUAUGACCUAAUUUCACACCAACCCAAACUCAUAACCCCUGUGAGGAACGUGUAUGAUAUGAUAAGUGAUUUCGGAGAAAUUAUACAAGCAAAAACCAACUCCAAGGGAAAUAAAGUCGCCUUAACUUUAGCUGCUGCUAAUUUGGUACCGGAUGGCAAGCUUUAUGUUUGGGAUAUCGAGAAAGAUGAUAUUAAUGUGUAUGACUUUCGAAAAUACGAUUUUCCUGAAAAUAUCGGUGAUUAUGAAUAUAGUGAAUUGGAACAGGGUAGAAAUAUCGACAUAACUGAUAGUGUCAAUGACAAGCAGCUGGAGUUUGAUGACAUUUGUCGAAAUAGGGUUCCUAUCGACUUCUAUUGGGAUAAUGAUGAUUCCAGGUUGCUAGUAUGUGUUGCCAAAAAGCUCAAGGUGCCAAGGGCAAAAACAGGAUUUCUUGCCAGAUCAAAAUCUACUGCAGAAGAGAAAAGAAAACCUAAAGAUGAGGACCAGAUUUUGAUAACUAUGUUUAUAUCAUCUGAAAACUCUAUUAGAAUACAUGACAUCGUAGGGAUUGACUCUGAAACCAGAAUUUUAGCGUGUUCAAGUCCUUUCAUCAUUACUCUCCAAAAGAUGAGUAUAGUCAAAGAGGUUAUGAAUGAUUUCAUUGGUCUAGAGACUUGUGACAAAGCUACCCGGGAAGCAAUUCUUGACUUCAGUUAUAACUUAACUCUAGGUAAUAUGGAUGCUGCAUUCAAAUCCAUUAAGUUAGUACAAAGCCGUGGUGUUUGGGCUAGCUUAGCGAGAAUGUGUGUGAAAACUAGAAGAUUGGAUGUAGCUGGUGUAUGCCUGGGUCAUAUGGGUAAUGCUGCAGCUGCUAGAGCACUAAAAGUUGCUUUGAUGGAUGACAGCAUACCUCAUGAAGCAAAAGUUGCAGUUCUUGCUGUUCAUCUUGGUAUGCUGGAUGAAGCUGAGCAGCUAUACAUACAGUGUGGUCGACAUGAUUUGCAAAAUAAGUUGCUUCGAAGCAGGAAUAAAAUGGAUGCAGCUCAUGCAGUAGCAGAAUCUAAAGACAGAAUCAAUUUGAGAAACACCGAACAUGCAUGGGCUAAAUCUUUGGAACUGUCUGGUGAAUUUGAAGAGGCUGCUGCUAGAUAUGAAAGAGCAAACACACAUUUGUAUGAUAUUCCUAGAAUGUUCAGUGAUCAUCCACAACAGUUACAGGCUUAUAUGUCUAAAACCAAAGACAAUGAAAUGUUGAAGUGGUGGGGACAAUACGUAGAAUCCCAAGGAGAUAUGUCAUCAGCGCUGAAAAUUUAUGCUAGUGCAGGAGAUAUUAAUUCCUAUACUGAAGCAAUUGACUUGUGUUUGAAAUAUAAUGUUCAGUUAUCGGAAGACCUAUCAGAAAAACUCACACCUGCUAAAGAUUCCGUUGCAGAUGAUGUUCGCAUGGUUGUAUUGGAAACCCUCGCCGAAAGUUUGAUGUUGCAAGGAAAUUAUCAUCUCGCUACUAAAAAAUUCACUCAAGCGGGUGAUAAGAUUCGUGCAAUGAAAGCUUUGUUGAAAUCUGGAGACACCGAAAAAGUUAUAUUUUUUGCCGGUGUUUCCAGGCAGCGAGAAAUAUACAUAAUGGCUGCAAAUUAUUUACAGUCUCUCGAUUGGCAAAAUCAACCAGAAAUUCUCCGCAACAUAAUAACAUUCUAUUCCAAAGGAAAAGCACUCGACUUGUUGGCCAACUUUUAUGUUGCAUGUGCGCAGGUGGAAAUUGAUGAAUUUCAAAAUUAUGAAAAAGCAUUCGGAGCUCUAACUGAAGCAUCAAGAUGUUUGCAAAAAAUAACUUCUCCAAGAGAUUCAAAACAAAUCCAAAAAGCAUCAGAGAUUGUCCAACAGAGACUGGCGAUGGUUAAAAAGUUCGUUGAUAUUAGACGGUUGUUUGAAAGAGGAGAUGCAAAGACAGGUGUAGCACACUGUCAGCAGCUGCUUCUGUCUGGUGAAGAAUUGGAGCCUUCUGUACGUCGAGGAGAUAUCUAUGCUCUCAUGAUACAUCAUUAUGUGAAAAAUGGUAAUUUUUCAGAAGCAAAACAAAUGUGCUUCGAAUUGCGGCAAGAUCUGAACAAAACGAAUAAUAUGCCCAUUACUUACUAUUUAAAUAAAGAUAUUAUCGAGGAAUUAGCAAAGGGACUUGGUAUACCUGUUGAACACAUAGUUCCCAUUACUCCCAAGUCACCAGAUAGAAACGAGGAUAAUGUAGCUGAAUUUAUUGAAGAAGUUUUUGAAGAUUAAUCCUGAUAAUGAAUUUUUGAUGUGAAUAUAAUAGACAUUAGAAACUGAUGAGUAGGUGAAAUAAAUUACAUUCACUAACGGAAAGCCCAAGAAACCGAAACAGAAUAUGAAAACAGCUGACAGGACUUUAUUUUUGUUUCAUCAUCUGGCUCAGUUCGAUAGACGUCGUAUCUGGAAGAUGAACUUCCCAAUCGCUGCUUUAGGGGUAGGGCCUGACCAGCUCAACUUUCGGGAAAGAAUAAUGAAAUGAACAACUUUAUAUAUUUGUAUGAUAUGUAUGUUUUAAUAACGUAAAUAUAAUACGAGGUUGGUCUAAAAAGUUUCCGCCCUCAACAU